AUGUUCACCUUGCCUAUCGGCAUCGUGACCAUUGCCUUGACCGUCAAAAACGACGCGUCCAUUGGUCGCAUUCCGUUCUACUUUGGCUGGACCCUUGACCACACGAACUGGCAGCCGGAGAGCUUCUCCUUUGCAGACAUAAUAUCUGCCGGGCCUCUCAAUCUAGCGAACUUCCGAUUCACUUAUUGGACAUCGCCCGUCCUCGCGUUCGUCAUCUUCGGCCUCUUCGGUAUCACAUUGGAAGCCCGCGUAUCGUACUGGCGCAUCAUAUGCACCGUCGGCGGCUGGUUCGGCUGGCACCCCACACCUCGCACGCGCAGGGCACGUUCGGCGCCGGGAGAUAUCGAGGUCGGCGAGCGUCCGGCUCAGAACUCCAUGUCGUUGGGUCUUGAGUCGAACCCAAGCUUCAUCAACCCCAACGCGCGUGUGCAAGAUCGGGGCGAAGAGGGCGCCGGGAGCGCCAUGAAUGAAAUGGCGGAAGGCUCGGAGGGCAAGGAUGCGGCCGACGAAGUACGCCGGGCUACCGGGGAUACGUUGCAUGUGGACGCAGAGCGCUCAACGCGGUCUCACGGAUCGCGCCAAGACGGGAUCGAAGAUGUUAUGGACAUUGCGUGA